CCUCUUUAUCUUGUGGCUUCGUAAUUGAAUCUUUCCUGUACACUUCGCGGCACAAUUACCAGGAUUGCGCCGCACGGGCUAGUAAGACACAGGGUAGUCAUAAGACAUGGGACUUCCAAACUCAUUCAGCAGGGUGAUCAUGUUGCGGCCUGCGUACAUCGCAUGCACUCAAACUCUGGUCCGUGUCUAUGUGAACUCAUGGGCCAACCGCUCGUCUAUGCAUGCGAAUUCUAGAUCUGAUACUACCCAUGCUAGGCCGCGUCGCUAUCCCCAGCCAGCAUGACGCGCACGCUUCGUUCACGCAAAACAAUAGGCAUAUCAUCCGAGGCACAGCCAGAUGCCACUGUCAAAAGCACUACUAAAUCAAAGACAACGAACCCGGCAGCAGUCCCAGCAGGACCCAAGAACUCCCUGUCAGAGGCCUCGAAUGCACUGCUCUUCCCGAGGGCAGCCAACUUCGAAACCUGGCUUCACGCAAACCACGACUCGACGCCCAAGGGCAUCUGGCUGCAAUUCAGCAAGAAAGCCCACCCAGUCCCCUCCAUCACGUACGAGGAAGCUCUAGACAUUGCGCUGUGCUACGGCUGGAUUGAUGGACAGUGCAAGAGCCUGCCUUCAGGCACGCACUCUGCUCGACGCUUCACGCCGCGUCGCAAGGCCAGUCUAUGGUCAAAAAGGAACGUCAGCAAAGUCGCUGCGCUUCAACACCAACGGAAGAUGAUGGCCGCAGGGCUUAAGGAGGUCGAGGCUGCUAAAGCAGACGGGCGAUGGGAGAGAGCAUAUUCAGGUGCCAAGGACGUUACCGUGCCCAUGGACUUUGAGGCGCGCCUGAAGGAGGUGAAAGGGGCCUGGACGUUCUGGGAGGGGUUGAACAAGACGGCGCGGUAUGCUUUCCUCGUGCGACUGGAAACUACAAAGACAGCCGUCGCCCGGGAGAAGAAGUUGGAGCAAUUUGUCAAGAUGCUUGCGGACGGAAAGCUGAUUUGAUUAUAUUCGUCACAUUGCAUAGC